AAUGGCAAACACAACAGCGUCAGCGGUCGUCAUGACAACGUCUCUCGCCUCGCCCGACAGCGCGACGUCGCAAGGGCUGCUGGGAGGGCAGGCCAUCGCCGCCAUUGCGUGCGCGUCCUUCAUUUUUGUUCUCCUGAUCCUGGCCGGCGUCCUCGCCGUGGUGCGGGCCGUGAGGAAAAACAAGAACACGGUCCAGCCGGAACAUGGAGACACCAACAUCCUGAUUGGUCAGGACGACGCACCGGCUGAUCCUGUCUCGAAUUCGAACGAUGAAAACCAUGGCAACGGGGAUGCAACAGGACCAUAAGAUGUUCAAAUAUCAUGGAUGGAUGUAUCCCCCCCUCCAAAAAAAACUGCUGUAUAUUUGUCAUUUCUGACCAAGGACGUCCUUGUUUUGACUAUUGUAAAUGUAGUUACUGUAAGCAAGGAGGUGCCACUAUAACCUCAUUGCUAUAAAUUACUGACGUCCUGCAAUUAUAACAGUAACCGCUAGAAGCGCUGCUACUUAUGGGCGGUAUAAAAACAGUAUAAAAGGCGUGGCGUCAAUAUUGCAUCACUAUGUAAAUUUGUACUGAAAUGUGAAAGAGAAACUUGGUACGAGUGUUGUCACCUUGUGGAUACAACGACGAUUCAUUUUGUAAACAUUACGUUAAGUAGAAUACUACCCCUUUAUAUAAUCAAAUAGAGUGAAAUGCAUGACUACUAUGUACUUUGUCAUUUGGUACAUGUAUUAAUAAAUGAUUAACCGUGCGUCUAACG